ACCCGCGCGCCACUGACCUCUCGGCCUCCCGCCGCCCGGGCCCACGCGUCGGUGGCGGCGGCCGGCGGAGCUAUGUAGCUCCGGGAGCCUAGGCUUUGUGGGGGACCAUCCUGACGCGAACCCUAGUGCGGGACACGUCACGCGCCGGCGGGGGCGCAGGGCAGGGCAGCAUGGGCAGGAGCCAUAAGAAGGGCAAGCGCGGCGCCGCCGCCGACGCCGAGACCAUGGCUUCCGCGGAGGAGGAGCAGCAGCAGGAUCUGCUGCCGGUUCCCGCGGAGGCGGCGGCGGCGGCCAACGGGGACGAGGCUCCGGCCGGGGAGUCGGCAGCGGCGGGGCGGGACUCGUCGCCGGAGCGCGACGGCGGGGAGGCGGAGCGGCUGCAGCACCUCAACCGAAUGCUCGCCGUCAGGGCCAAGGAGGAGCAUAGGCGGGCGGCGGCGCUCGAGGCGCAGCUCGGUGAGGUCUCCGAGGACGCCGACGCGCUCGCCGCAGCGGAGCGCGGGGUGCUCCUGGCGGCGCUGGCGGCCCCGCUCCGCACCGCGGAGGAGGAGCGCGCGGCGCUUGGGGCGCGCCUCGCGGCGGCGCGGGAGGCGCUCGGGCGCGCGGAGGAGGAGGCGGCGCGCGAGGCGGCGGCGGGGGCCGAUGCCGCCGCGCGGCUCGAGGCUGCCGCCGCCGAGAACCGGUCGCUCUCGGAGCGGAUUGACGCCAAGAGUGCCGAGGCGGCGGCGGCGGCCGAGAAAGUCGCCGGAUUGGAGGCCUUGGUCGCCGGAUUGGAGGCGAAGAGCUCGGAGCUGCGAGCGGAGAUGACCGAAUUGGAGAAGCAAUUGGAGGUGGCGAGGGCGGCGGCGAGUGCCGUCCAGUCUCAGAAGGCGGAGGUGGAAUCAAGCUUCAACGAGUUGAAGAGGGACGCAGAGAGGGAAAAGCAGGAGAUGGAGGGGAAGCUUCAGGAGAAGCUGAAGGAAUUGGAGACCCUGCAAUCGCAAAAGGCGGAAUUGGAGGCAAAGGUCAGUUCUUUGGAGGCUGAGCUCUUGGCGGCCGAUGCUAGGAAAGGUGAAUUGGAGGUGGAGGUGGAAGAAUUGGAGAUAGAGAAGGCCACUGCAAACAAGGACGUGGAGAGGCUCCGAGCCAAGGUGGUGGAGGUGGGUAAGAAGCACAGCGCUGUGGUCACUGAAGUGUCUAGGCUCCAGAGUGAGAUUGACACAGUGGAGCAGGCGAAUAAGGCUGCUGCUGCGGAACAUGAUGCUGAGAGGAAAAGGAUGGAGGCUGAAUUGGAGGUACUGAAAGGGAAGGUUGACCAGAUUCAGGCUGAGAAGGAUGCUUCAUUGAGCAUGGUUCAUGAUAAAGAUGCUAAGGUGGGGAACUUGAGGGAUGAAUUGGAGAAACUCCAUGGUUCCAUGGCUGAUCUCCGUGCCCUCUGCGAUGAUCUUGAGGGGAAGAAUUCCUGCCUGGAAGGUGAGAGAGAUUUAGUUCUGAAAGCACUUGAGCAGCAGAAAGCUGAAGCAGAGAAACUUAGGUUGACUAUUGGGGAGCUUGAGGUCUGUAAUGGCAAGAAGGAUCUUGAGAUUGGGACACUGAAGGAAGAAGUUGAGGGCAAGGAGUUCCAAACUGAUGACUUGAACCGAAAGCUUGAGGAGCUGCAGCUUGCAGUUGCUGAGGCAGAGCACAGUGGGAAGAAUGAAGUCUGGACAUGGCUGUGCCCAGCUACCUCGACAGUGAUAGCAGCUGCUUCCUUUAUCUACGCCGCCCGUAGUCGGUGAACAGCUAGCUCUUUUACUCGCUUUUUGUUCACUUGCUCGAGUAUGUAUUACUCGGAAUAACCAUACUCGCUUUUUGUUCACUUGCUCUGAGUAUGUAUUACUCGGAAUAAUCAGACUUCCUACUUAUGAUACUUGGUAUAUGAUGACACUGCUCCUUACUAUGAAAUAAAUUUAUUUAUGGACAA